UGUCUCUCUGUAGCUGGUGCUGGUUGGAGACGGGGGGACGGGGAAGACCACCUUUGUGAAGAGACACCUGACUGGAGAGUUUGAGAAGAAAUACGUUGGUGAGGAAGCGCGGGGGAGGCUGCUCUGUGUGUGAGACGGCUCUGCUUUCAGAGCGCACUGCCGGCUGCUUCCAAACCCACGCUGGGGGUGGAGGUGCACCCCCUGGUCUUUCACACCAACAGAGGGGCGAUCAAGUUCAAUGUGUGGGACACGGCCGGCCAGGAGAAGUUCGGGGGGCUGAGAGACGGAUACUACAUUCAAGCUCAGUGUGCUGUAAUCAUGUUUGACGUCACAUCGCGUGUCACCUACAAAAACGUCCCCAACUGGCACCGGGACCUGGUGCGCGUCUGUGAAAACAUUCCCAUCGUGCUGUGCGGCAACAAGGUGGACAUCAAGGACCGGAAAGUGAAGGCGAAGUCCAUCGUGUUCCACAGGAAGAAGAACCUGCAGUACUACGACAUCUCUGCGAAGAGUAACUAUAACUUCGAGAAGCCCUUUCUGUGGCUGGGCAGGAAGUUGAUCGGUGACCCCAACCUGGAGUUCGUUGCCAUGCCGGCGCUGGCCCCGCCCGAGGUUUCCAUGGACCCCACGCUGGCAGCGCAAUACGAGCUGGACCUGAAGGUCGCUUCGGAAACGGCGUUACCAGACGAGGACGACGACCUUUAACCUGCUGACCCUCUAGCCUCAGGGUUCCGGAGGGGGCGGAGUUUCCCUGUUUUUUUUAAAACUCCGCCCCCCCCUCCCAGAAAAAACUGAACAUUCUGAACCAAAGCCGCUCUCUCUCUCUCUAUCUCUGUCUCCCUCUCUCUCUCUCUCUCUAUCUAUCUCUCUCUCUGUCUCCCUCUCUCUCUCUAUCUCUGUCUCCCUCUCUCUCUCUCUCUAUCUCUGUCUCCCUCUCUCUCUCUCUCUCUCUGUCUCCCUCUCUCUCUCUCUCUCUGUCUCCCUCUCUCUCUCUCUCUCUAGCUCUCUCUCUCUCUAUCUGUCUCCCUCUCUCUCUCUCUAUCUCUCUCUCUUUAUAUCGCUCUCUCUCUCUCUCUGUCUCUCUCUCUCUCUCUCUCUCUCUCUCGGUUCAAUUAUAUACAACAAACAGCACUUAAUAAAAUAAAAGUCACAACAACAGCAAAAAAUAAAAUAAAAAAAGACCUAGGAUUACAUUAUUGUAAGUUUGCUAAUAUGAGAAGUUCAUGUGAUCCUGCCAAGCUGCAUCAGAGCAGGGAUGAUAAUCAGACUCCUGCUGCACAGCAGUGUGAUCCAGUCCAGUCCAAUCUAGUGAUAUUAAACUGCAGUUACAAUGUAAUUCCAGUCCAGUCUAGUGAUAUUAAACUGCAGUUACAAUGUAAUUCCAGUCCAGUCUAGUGAUAUUAAACUGCAGUUACAAUGUAAUUCCAGUCCAGUCUAGUGAUAUUAAACUGCAGUUACAAUGUAAUUCCAGUCCAGUCUAGUGAUAUUAAACUGCAGUUACAAUGUAAUUCCAGUCCAGUCUAGUCUAGUGAUAUUAAACUGCAGUUACAAUGUAAUUCCAGUCCAGUCUAGUGAUAUUAAACUGCAGUUACAAUGUAAUUCCAGUCCAGUCUAGUGAUAUUAAACUGCAGUUACAAUGUAAUUCCAGUCCAGUCCAGUCUAGUGAUAUUAAACUGCAGUUACAAU